AUGGACAUCGAAGUGGACCUCAAGCCCAUUGUCCAUGAUUCGACACGCAGUCUGAUUAUGGUGAAGAAUGACGCAUACAUUCUCUUCUCUGUGUCGGAUGCUAUAUGUGCCAUCAACGUGAUAGCUAAGCUUUCGCAUGCUGGUGGGCCGGUACCACAGGUGCCGUUUCAUAGAUGUGUUUUUGAGACUGGAGCUGGGAAAGUCACGGCUGAGUCUAGUUUCACCAGGACUCUUGGUCAGCGAUAUAGGUAUGAUUCUGUGGCUAUUUAUAGCGUGCCUUCCUUUAUAUUGGAGCCUGGCUUUAAGGAUGUGAAAGUUGAUAUUGCUCAUGGGGGUGUUUUCUGUGCAUUUGUGAAUACCGAGUUUGUGGAGCUGAGACUUCGGGGUGAUCAAGCAGAAGAAGAAGAAGAAGAAGAAGAAGAAGAAGAAGAAGACACGCUUUGA